AUGAUUGCCUUUGAACUCUUCAACAAUGGGCAUAACAAAUGCCUUCUGACUAAUGUAUCAACGGGAGUGACUGACACAUUCUGUCAGCAAAGGGAGAAUAUACCGAUACGGACACAACUAAAGCUAAUUAUUGGAAAUCUCAAGAGACGCCUGGCCAUGAAGGGACACUUGGCCAGAGUUGCCAUCAUCGCCUCACUUCACCUUGUCUCCGCGAAUUACCAGCAAGAACCCGAGGAGGUGGUGUUCGACUGGUCCUCCUGGUGGAGCUACGACGGGAUCUCCGGCCCUGGCUUCUGGGGCAUCAUCAACCGGCGCUGGAGGCUCUGCAGCGACGGCAGGAGGCAGUCGCCCGUUGACCUCGCCACCGCCGCCGUCGUCUACGAUCACACGCUGUCCCGGCUCGACCUCGCCUCCCAUAAGAUCGACGGCACCCUCUCCAACACGGGCUUCGGACUCCGGUGGACAGCCAACGCGGGGCAGACGUGGGGCGUGACGGGCGGGCCUCUCCACUACGCCCACACCCUCACCCACGCCGUCCUCAGGUGGUCCAACGCCUCGCCGGCCACGUCCACGGUCGGGUCGGAGCACAGCAUCGAGGGCCAGUUCUUCCCGGCGGAGAUUCAACUUUACUUCUACAACAGCGACUUGUAUCAGAAUUUUAGCCAAGCUCUUGAUAAGCCCAAUGGCGUCUUGGGAGUUUCUGUUCUAUUGAAGGGACGCAUAGCCGCCUACUUCCUUCGCUUCUAA